GAUAGGGGGCUGCGGGCGCGACCAUACGCUCUGCGGCGGCAGAGCCUCGGCACUGCUUCAGUCUGCAGCGGGCAGCAGAGGAGUUGCGUCGUGCCAGAGAGCUCCGCCGUGCUCCCGAGCCCCUCGCGCUCCGUCCCAGCGGCCCACGGACCCACUGACCCUUGGAUCCCCUGCCCCAAGCCGCCACCAUGAACUACCUGCGGCGCCGCCUGUCGGACAGCAACUUCAUGGCCAAUCUGCCAAAUGGGUACAUGACAGACCUGCAGCGCCCGCAACCGCCCCCGCCGCCUCCCUCGGCCGCCAGUCCUGGGGCCACGCCCGGCUCCGCGACUGCCUCUGCCGAGAGGGCCUCCACAGCUGCUCCAGUGGCCUCUCCAGCAGCCCCUAGUCCUGGGUCCUCAGGGGGCGGUGGCUUCUUCUCGUCGCUGUCUAACGCGGUCAAGCAAACCACAGCAGCCGCAGCCGCCACCUUCAGCGAGCAGGUGGGCGGUGGCUCUGGGGGCGCAGGCCGCGGGGGCGCCGCCGCCAGGGUGCUGCUGGUCAUCGACGAGCCGCACACCGACUGGGCAAAAUACUUCAAAGGGAAGAAGAUCCAUGGAGAAACUGACAUUAAAGUAGAGCAGGCUGAAUUCUCUGAUCUCAAUCUUGUGGCUCACGUCAAUGGUGGAUUCUCUGUAGACAUGGAAGUUCUUCGAAAUGGAGUGAAAGUUGUGAGGUUCUAUCCUCAGCACUUGACACCAACAGACAUUUAUUUACCACCCACUAUAUGCCAAGAACUCUUCUACAUGCUGAGUGACCUAGUGUUUGCCCAGAUGGUUCGACUCCACAAGAAGCUUGGAACAGAGGAAUUCCCUCUGAUUGAUCAGACUUUCUAUCCUAAUCACAAAGAAAUGCUCAGCAGCACAACAUACCCUGUGGUUGUGAAGAUGGGCCACGCACAUUCUGGGAUGGGCAAGGUCAAGGUAGACAACCAACAUGACUUCCAGGAUAUUGCAAGUGUUGUGGCACUGACUAAGACAUAUGCCACUGCUGAGCCCUUUAUUGAUGCUAAAUAUGAUGUGCGUGUCCAGAAGAUUGGGCAGAACUACAAGGCCUACAUGAGGACAUCAGUGUCAGGGAACUGGAAGACCAAUACAGGUUCUGCUAUGCUUGAGCAGAUUGCCAUGUCUGACAGGUACAAGCUGUGGGUAGACACGUGCUCAGAGAUUUUUGGGGGACUUGACAUCUGCGCAGUGGAAGCGCUGCAUGGCAAGGAUGGAAGGGAUCACAUUAUUGAGGUGGUGGGCUCCUCCAUGCCACUUAUUGGUGAUCACCAGGAUGAAGACAAGCAGCUCAUCGUGGAACUUGUGGUCAACAAGAUGACUCAGGCUCUGCCUCGGCAGCGGCAGCGGGAUGCUUCCCCUGGCAGGGGCUCCCACAACCAGACUCCAUCCCCAGGAGCCCUGCCCUUGGGCCGCCAGACCUCCCAGCAGCCUGCAGGUCCUCCUGCUCAACAACGACCCCCACCCCAGGGAGGCCCUCCACAGCCAGGCCCAGGACCUCAGCGCCAGGGACCCCCGCUGCAGCAGCGCCCACCCCCACAAGGCCAGCAACAUCUUUCUGGUCUUGGACCCCCAGCUGGCAGCCCUCUGCCUCAGCGCCUACCAAGUCCCACCGCAGCACCUCAGCAGUCCGCCUCUCAGGCCACACCAAUGACCCAGGGUCAAGGCCGCCAGUCACGGCCAGUGGCCGGAGGCCCUGGAGCACCUCCAGCAACCCGCCCGCCAGCCUCCCCAUCUCCACAGCGUCAGGCGGGGGCCCCACAGGCUACCCGUCAGGCAUCUAUCUCUGGUCCAACUCCACCGAAGGCCUCAGGAGCCCAACCCGGAGGGCAGCAGCGCCAAGGCCCUCCCCAGAAACCCCCAGGCCCUGCUGGUCCCACUCGUCAGGCCAGCCAGGCAGGUUCUGGACCACGCACUGGGCCUCCCACCACACAGCAGCCUAGGCCCAGCGGCCCAGGUCCUGCUGGACGUCCUUCCAAACCACAGCUGGCCCAGAAACCCAGCCAGGAUGUGCCACCACCCAUCACCGCCGCUGCCGGGGGACCCCCGCACCCCCAGCUCAACAAAUCCCAGUCUCUGACCAAUGCCUUCAACCUUCCAGAGCCAGCCCCUCCCAGGCCCAGCCUUAGCCAGGACGAGGUGAAAGCUGAGACCAUCCGCAGCCUGAGGAAGUCUUUCGCCAGCCUCUUCUCCGACUGACACCCCACUCUGAGAACCCCUAAACCCUUAGACAACCCUCUCUGGGUCCUGAGUCCAUUUCUCACUUUUGGAAUUUCCAAAUCCCUUCAGAACCCCUCUCCUGAUUCUCCUAGAUCCCACUUCUCAUUCCUCAAGAUGUCCCUUGAGAAACCUGGUCCUAAAUCUAGUUCUCACAUUUGGUAAUGCCCAAGUCCAUUUAGAACCCUGUUCCUGGUCACCUCCAAAUCUGUUUUAGAACCUCCAAAUUCCUGAAGACCUCUAUUUCUGGUACAUCUAAAGGGUGAUUUCUUCCCUGAACGUUCCUGAAUGGCAGAAAACCUGUUUCUGACCUAAUACAUCGAAUCCUCUCCUGGAGCUCCAAAAUUCCUGGAAAACCCUAUUCUACUCUUGGUCCUGAAUCUCUCCAGCAUACCUUGCUCCUAAUCAGAAAUUCCCAAUUCUGUAAGAAGCCCCUAUCCUUAAACCUCUUCCAUAGAUCAUCUCUCUGGAGAUCCACAUCUUCAAAUGCCACCUACCAUCCACCAGCCCUCAAGGACUUCCCUUCACCUCUUCCCUCAAUCCUAUUCAACAUACUGGAAGUUCCUUCCACUUCUAGGACCCCUAAGUUCCCUCCUCCAGAAACCCCUACCCAGUUUCCUGCCUCUGACAGCUGUCUUUAAAUAUGCAACUUCCACCUAUCCUCUCAGAAUCCUUUGCACAAGGAAGGCCUGUGGUCUCCAACUCCCCCACCUUUGCCAAUGUGUGUGUCUGUGACUGACUUGGCCUUCUUUUGUGCCAUGCUUGGCAUAUGUGGUCCUCAUUUGUGCCGCCUGUGGUAAUGCGUACAGUGGCGCUGUUCCUGUGGUCCAAAUCUUCCUCCAACCUUCACUCCUUGCCUGGACUUGCCCCACCCUUCAGCGGCUCUGAAACCCCAAGAGAAGAGUCGGGAAGCAAAAUAAACAAGCAAAGGCCCAGCGGAA